AUGGACAAGGUAUUGCAACCAUUAAGGACAUUACGUCGAAUAGUGUGGGGUCAACCCCCAGAGAACCCAGUUGAAAGAAGCUACUUAUUCAAACUUGAUGCCUUCGUACUCAGUUAUGUUUGCUUAUUGUAUUGGGCAAAUUAUCUUGAUCGAGCAAAUUUAGCCAAUGCCUAUGUUUCUGGGAUGCAAGAGGAUUUACAAAUGAAAGGCAAUGAAUUAAAUAUCAUUAACACUUGUUUUUAUGUAGGUUACAUUGUUGCUAUGAUACCUCAUAAUUUAAUCUUACUCAAAAUCAGACCAAGAUAUUGGAUUUCAAUUUGUGGGUUUUGUUGGGCGGUAUUGACAUUAUCAAUGUACAAAGUUCACUCAUUUAAACAACUUUGUGUGAUUAGAUUUUUUGAAGCUAUGUUUGAAUCGGUGACUUUUGCUGGCACUCAUUUGAUAUUAGGUACAUAUUACGACGAGGAAUUACUACCCAUGCGUACUGCUGUGUUUACGAGCUCUGGAUUACUUGGGUCGUUGUUUUCUGGAGUGCUUCAAGCAGCAAUUUAUAGAAAUAUGGAAGAUUAUAAUGGAAUCCGUGGUUGGAGGUGGCUAUUCGUCAUAGACUUUAUAAUUACCGUCCCCAUUGUCAUUUUUGGGUUUUUCUGUUUUCCAGAUGAGCCACAACUUUCUAAACCAUUUUAUAUGACGAAUGAAGAGCAUCAAUUAGCGCUUGAAAAAAAAUUAAGGUCCAAAGAGAAGGCCAAUAAUGACUGGAAUUUGAUGUCUAUUUGUAAUCGGGUUUUCACAAACUGGCAUUGGUAUUUAUUUUCCUUCCUUUGGGUGUUGGGCGGUGAGAAUGAAUCAUUUGUGACAAAUUCGCUUAUGGCAUUGUGGUUAAAGUACUACAAUUACAGUGUCGAGCAAAGGAACCAUUAUCCAAUGGGGCAGUAUGCUGUAGGUGUAGUGGCUACCAUCAUUCUGGCAUUAUACAUCCAUGCCUUUGGUAAAGGGAGACAUCAUUGGCACAUGGGUAUAAUAAUUGGUAUAUUUACAACUGUUGCAGCGGCCGUGUUUGCUGCCAAGCCUGAUAAUACAGGUGCUGUUUUUGUAUCCCAAUACUUGAGUGCCGUUUCGUUUGCUGGUCAAACCGUUUUUUUCAGUUGGGCUAAUGUUGUAUGUAUUAAUGAUUUACAAGAACGAGCAAUUGUUUUAGCAUCAAUGAAUAUGUUUAGUAAUGCAGUUAAUGCUUGGUGGUCAAUUUUAUUUUAUGGUGCUGAUACAGCUCCCGAGUUCAAAAAAGGUUGCUGGGCAUUGCUAGCAACAGCAAUUGCCAGUAUUGGUGUUGUUGUGGUAAUACAAGUGUUACAAGCCAAGGAUAAGCACCAAUCACGUAAUGGCGGUGGUUUAGUGGCAGUGGUCAUGGAGGGUGAGUCAGACGAAGUUGAACUGGGUAGUCCUAUCAAAGUAUAA